UUCCUCCUGCGUAGCACAGCGCCAACCAGCACCACGCCGAGCCAACACCCAAGAACGGCGGCAGCCAGCCAGCUUUCAGACUCGAGGCUCGGGGCCGUCUCAUUCAUUCCCAUCAUCCCAUGGACCGAUCGGUUUCCGGCGGGAGAGGGUACUACUACUCGGCGGCGCCGGUGGGCACGGGCAUGGGCAUGGGCCCGCUCGCGGGCCAGCUCGGCGAGUGGCUGCUCCGGGCCGUGCAGCCGCCGGCGCCCACGCCGUGCGGGUCGCCCGGCGGGCCCCCGAUCACCGCGCCGCGGGUCCGGAUGAGGGACGGCCGGCACUUGGCGUACGAGGAGUCCGGCGUGCCCAAGGAGAGCGCGCGGUUCAAGGUCGUCUUCUCCCACGGCUUCACCGGCUCCCGCCUCGACAGCCUCCGCGCAUCGCCGGAGGUCGCCGAGGAGCUUGGCGUGUACAUGGUGGGCUUCGACCGCGCCGGCUACAGCGAGAGCGACCCCAACCCGGGCCGCUCCGUGGAGACCGCGGCGCAGGACAUGGAGGACCUGGCCGACGCGCUGGGGCUCGGCGACAAGUUCCACGUCGUCGGCUUCUCCCUCGGCUGCCACGCCGUGUGGGGCGCGCUCAGGUACAUCCCGGAGCGGAUCGCCGGGGCCGCCAUGCUGGCGCCGGUGGUGAACUACUGGUGGCCCGGGUUCCCGGCGGAGCUGGCGGCGCGGGAGUACGGCCGGCAGGAGCGCGGCGACCAGUGGGCGCUGCGCGUGGCCCACCACGCCCCCGGCAUCAUACACUGGUGGAUGGAGCAGAGCUGGCUGCCCCUGCCCACCUCCACCGUCGUCGUCAACACCACCUACCUCCCCAACAAGCGGGACGCCGAGAUCCGCCGCACCCUCACCGCCGACGGCACCCUCCGGAAGAAGAGGGAGAUGGCGACGCAGCAGGGGAUCCAGGAGUCCUACUACAGGGACAUGGCCGUCAUGUUCGGAAAGUGGGAGUUCGACCCCAUGGCGCUGCCGGAGCCGCCGUGCCCGGUGCACCUGUGGCAGGGCGACGAGGACGGCCUCGUGCCCGUCGCGCUGCAGCGGCACGUCGCCGGCAAGCUCGGGUGGGUCAACUACCACGAGCUCCCCGGCACCGGCCACUUCCUGUCCGCCGUUCCAGGGCUCGGAGACACCGUUCUCCGGACACUUUUUGGUUGAUCGACAUCGACCAAUACCAGACAAGUAGUUUUAGUCCAAGAGAAAACCCGGAGAAGUGUUGGCCUUUAGCUAGCUUGGCGUACGAGGCAAACUGCGAGUGCAGUACAGUAUGUUUAUUUCUUGAUUAAUUUAUAUAUAUACAUACAUGGGAACAUGAGGCAGCAUGUAGAUUUUGUAUUUCUUGAUCCCUUUUUCAUUCGUCUGUAAUGAAAACUAUGCUGGCAAGAAGCCCUGAAAAGUAAAAAAACUUUUUUUUU